AUGUCGUCCAUCGACCCUGAAGAGCUCUUCACAACCUUGGAUCGGGUUGGCAAAGGAUCCUUUGGCGAAGUGUUCAAAGGCAUCAACCGCAAGACAAAACAAGUGGUUGCCAUCAAGUUGAUUGACCUGGAAGAGGCAGAGGAUGAGAUUGAGGAUAUCCAGCAGGAGAUGUCCGUCCUUGCAGAGUGCGACAGCAAGUUCGUGACAAAGUACUACGGCUCAUAUCUCAAAGGCACAAAGCUGUGGAUCAUUCAAGAAUUCCUCUCUGGCGGCUCAGCACUUGAUCUGAUGAAGGCGGGGCCUUGCGACGAAACAAGCAUUGCCGUCAUCUUGCGGGAGGUGUUGCAUGGCCUCGACUACCUCCAUGGCGAAGGCAUCAUUCAUCGUGAUAUCAAAGCUGCCAACAUCCUCCUCGCCGACAAUGGCGAAGUGAAGCUGGCUGAUUUUGGUGUUGCAGGAAAGUUGACAACUACGACCAACAAGCGGUCCACAUUCGUGGGCACGCCCUUCUGGAUGGCGCCAGAGGUUAUCAAACAGAGCGCAUAUGACGAAAAGGCGGACAUCUGGUCCCUGGGCAUCACCGCCAUCGAGCUGGCCAAGGGCGAGCCGCCAAAUUCAAACCUCCACCCCAUGCGCGUCCUCUUCCUCAUCCCAAAGAGCCCGCCACCACAGCUGGAGGGCAGCUUCAAGCCGUCGCUGGUUGACUUUGUCAACAUCUGCCUCAACAAAGAAGCCGCAAACCGCCCGACGGCGAAGCAGCUGCUGAAGCACAAGUUUGUGAGCAAGGCGAAGAAGCCGUCGUACCUGAUUGAUCUGAUUGAGCGCUACCGCAAGUGGAAGGAGAACGGCGGCAAGGCAGACUCGGAUUCAGACGACGACUCAGACAGCGACAACGACAGGGAUGACACAGAGAUGGAGGACUUCGAGUGGGAGUUUGGUACGAUCAAGACGGCACCCUCGGGCCUCGAUUCAUCUGGCAACCCUGAUGAGAGCCAACAAAGUGUACUGCAAGGCACGUUGCUGGAGUCGCUGAAGGAGAUCAAGGCCAAGUUUGAGUCGGACGAACAUAAGGACUACACAUCCUCCAACCUCUCCGCCAUCGACGAGCUCAUGAAGGCCUUUGAGCUCGCAGAGACGUCCAAUCCUGGCUUCUCAGACACAUUUGUGACGGAAGUCUGCAACACCGUUGCAAGUCGCCCGGCAGACUACGGUAUUCGGCAUCGUCUAUGA